CAAUCACUGACAUCCUCUACACUUCAGCCAAUACUAUUACCUUGUGACACUACAUUGGUAAUAAAGUCUCAAAGGUCGAAGGUCAUAGGUCACUUCUGUAGCUACGUGAGGGAAAACACGGUGGCGCUGCACUGUUACGGAAGCAAAAUUUUGCUCCUUUCUUUCUGCUAACCCCCCUCCCAACCGGCUCUCAUCCAAACAGUUUGAUCUUUGAGCUAUUUUCCUGACACUCUGCUGUCACAACUUGAUGUUUUCUAGACACGCUCUUCGCUUCUUACUCACUGGAAUUCCUCGAACCCCCUCUUUCUUCUACUUGUCAACAGCCAAGAUGGCGAGCACCGUGGACACCAACGGGAUCAACGUGGCAGCAAUGCGCAAGGCGUACAAGGGAAAUGAGGAGGUUUACACAGAGGACCAGCUGGUGUCCCGUGACCCCAUUGUGCAGUUUGCAGCCUGGUUUGAAGAAGCUGCCAAACACCCAGGUGUCGGAGAGGCCAACGCUAUGUGCCUGGCUACUUGCACACCGGAAGGCCGCCCUUCAGCACGUAUGCUUCUCCUGAAGGGCUACAAUAAUGAAGGCUUCCGUUUCUUCACCAACUUUGAGAGCAGGAAGGGGAGGGAAUUGGCUGCAAACCCCUUUGCUUCUCUGUGCUUCUACUGGGAGCCACUCAACAGAUCGGUGAGAAUAGAGGGUCCAGUAGAGAGGCUGACGGACCAACAGUCGUCAGAGUACUUCCACUCUCGUCCCCGGGGCAGUCAGAUAGGGGCGGCAGUCAGUCACCAGAGUACAGUCAUAGAAGGCAGACAUGUUCUAGACCAACGUGAGAAGGAGCUCAAAGAACAGUAUGCUGAUGAGAAAGUAGAAAUCCCCAAACCUGACUACUGGGGAGGAUUCCAUGUCAUCCCAGAGGUCAUUGAAUUCUGGCAAGGUCAGACGACGCGGCUCCACGACCGAAUCGUGUUUCGGCGCCCACACGCAGGAGAGACACCAGACGAGAAAUCCACCCACACAGGAGAAAAUGGAUGGGUCUAUGAACGACUGUCUCCAUAGCGACUGUUACCAUGACAAAACUACAAACAUUACACCGGGUAGAUAAUGUACGAUACUUCCUUUUUUUUUUGUACCCAAUAAAAAUAUAUUUG